AUGGCCGAGGCUACCGGCUCCCCGCGCCGCCCCGCCGCGGGCAGGUGCGGGGCGAGCGGCGCGGCGGCGGCCCGAGCCCGCUGGCGGCUGCUCGGACAGGUUCUGAGGAAAAAGCACUUGAAAGAUGUGCAUCUCCAACAAGUGUCUGUCAGAAGGUUUGCAUCAUUCAAUCUCUUUUCAAUAGAAGACCAGAGUACAGAGGAGGAAACUGGGACCUGGGUUCAGUAUAGAAGCAUCUUUUAUCCCAAGUACAGUGUCUCCUUAAGAUUUCACAAUGGCCUCUUAAAUGUUAAAGAUGUUCUUACAAGUUUUGACAACACGGGGAAUGUCUGUCUCUGGCCAUCUGAAGAAGUGCUGGCUUACUACUGCCUAAAGCAUAAUGAAAUAUUCAGGGACCUUGCUGUGUGUGAGCUAGGGGGUGGCAUGACAUGCUUGGCUGGGCUCAUGGUUGCUAUUUCUGCAGAUGUCAAAGAAGUUCUGUUAACUGAUGGAAAUGAAAAGGCCAUCAAAAAUGUAAAUGAGAUCAUCACAAGAAACCAAAAUGCUGGAGUGUUUAAGACUCACAAGGUGACAAGCUGCAUUUUACGAUGGGAUAAUGAGACAGAUGUCUCUCAACUGGAAGGACAUUUUGACAUUGUUAUGUGUGCUGACUGCCUGUUUCUGGACCGGUACAGAGCUAGCCUUGUUGAUGCAAUAAAGAGAUUACUCCAGCCCAGUGGAAAAGCAAUGGUAUUUGCUCCACUCCGAGGGAAUACUUUAAACCAGUUUUGCAAUCUAGCUGAAAAAGCUGGUUUCUCUAUCCAAAGACAUGAAAAUUAUGAUGAACACAUUUCGAACUUCCACUCCAAGUUGAAAAAUGAAGAAAAUGAUACAUAUGAGGAAAAUCUCCAUUACCCUUUUCUUCUCAUUUUAACCAAGCAGAGAUAGAAGAUUGCACCUUUUUUUUUAAGACGGACUGCUGAAAAUUAAUCCAUGUAUGUGGAUGGUCAGGCAAUGUAGAAUGUUCAUUUUCCCCCAUUUAUGUCCCUGAAUCAUAAUUGGGGAAAUAUUUCUAAUCUAAAUGCUGAGAAAGAUAUUGUCACUCGUUUGGCAGAGUAUAAACAUUGAGACAUCUUUUUUUUGUAUAAUUUUAGAAGUUUAUUUUUCCAAUUAUAUUCCAGCCUUAAACUGAUAGGACUUCACAUGUAUGCAUUAACAAAGGUGUAGAGCUGACUUCCUUCUCUGUUGUGCCUUUAAACUUGCAUGUACUUUGUUGAUCUCUUUAAAUGCUAUUUUGAGGUGUAUUUGAAAAUAUAUGGAUAAUAUAAUUUGUGAGCUUAGAUAAUUGGUUGUAAAGAAGUGAAUGCAUUGACACUUAAUUAAUAAGGAAAUAGUUGUCUGAAGAUCUUCUUAAAGUGUACCUAUUGAAUGCUUGUAUUUUGCUGCCUUUUUUUUUUAAAUUCCACUGUUGAUUUUUCUAUCCAUGAUUGAAAUGUCCUCAUUUGUUUUAGUGUUGAAGGCCCCUUUUCUAUAUGUGUGUAUGUAUGUUUUUUUCCAGCAGGACUUUUCCUCCUGUAGAUGUAUAAGAAAUUAUGCAUCAGACAAAAGCCUCAUAAACUGACCAUUUGUCCUUUGGACACAAUAGCCUGCCCAGCCCCUCUGCUCCUCCUCUCCAAUUAUGUGUGAUUAGUCUCAGUGUGUUGUGUCAAGAAGGGGGAGUGUGCUGAGUGCUUAUUAUCUGUUUAGGUACAAGAAGAGCACAUUUAGGUUCUGACUAUGAAUGGAAAGUGAGUCUUUAUCAGGACUAAAAUCUAAAUGCUACUAUCCUAGAAAUUGCUUUCAAAAAAACAAAUGCUUUUUUUUGAUAAAUUCCAAGAAACACUGUAAGAACUAAAGGAUUUUAUAAUGUAAUCAAACUCUCUCCCUUGAAUUAGUUUAUAUUGUGAUAUACUGUGGCCCAUAUAUUUGAUAUAUACUUAAUGUGGUUUUUCUUGUACUGGAAAAGACAUAAAUCCCACAAAAAAAAAACAGGAGCAGUAUUUGAUUUCUUAACAGUUUAACAGACUGUUUUAAUGACUUCUCAGCAGCAGUCUUUAAACCACAACACUUUUAAAAUGUUGAAAAAAAGAGAGAGGCAGAGACCAUGACUGAGAGAGGAAGGUACUAGCUGCAAGCAAGUGUAGAGAAUCCUGUUGAAAUACAUUAAUUAAAAGAAUUGCAAUUUGACAAUAAGCAUUCUUCCAUAUUCAACUCAUUGGCCAGCAUGUAAACCACAAACUCCUGAAAGUCUUUUGCUCUUCUGCUUCUUCCCAAAUAAAUUUCUUCACUACCAGUUUGCACGUCCUUGUAUUCAGUACUUUUUAUGCUCCAUUAGAGCACCUAGAUGGAUCUCAGAAGGCAUAGGUCAAGUCGCAGUUAGAUCAUACAUUUCUUUCGCACAAAAACUUGAAUUGCAAUGCCAAGUGAUGGGCUAACAUCACAAUAACAGCAAUUUAUUCCUCUUUUGAUAAAAAGCAGCCUAUUCUCGGUGUUAGAUAAAGACCAGGGGCAAUGCAAACCAACCAUUUAUCCUAGAACUGAGUAGUAUAGCUGGUAUGAGUUUCAUAUUCAAACUCCUGUUGGAAAAUACUUGUGCAGUAAGAAAUCAAAAGCAUUUAGGAGUAAUUUGAAAUUGCUGUGAAGAUGGCUUUAGUGUAAUUAGUUUUGUUUUGUUUGUCCCACACAGCAGCGCCUUUGUUUCUCUAAAAGCAUGUACAAGGAAAUCUUCAUAAUCAACAAAGCAGUGUGGAAAAUAGCGCAAUAUUAAAAUUUGCAAACCUUUUAUUUUGGAGAGGACUUGAAUGUCUGCUGUACAAUAAUCUAAUAAAGAUUGUUAGUUGCCAAAAAUA